AUGAAUAUGAGCAUCAUCUACCAAAAGUCUGGAGAGCCAGUAAAAGGGUUCGCCGAUGCUGAUUGGGCAAAUGACAAGCUGGACCGAAAAUCAUAUUCCGGAUACGUUUUCUUCCUAGCUGGUAGUGCGUUUUCGUGGACAUCAGCCAAGCAGAGCGUCGUCGCCAUGAGCAGCACCGAAGCAGAGUAUGUGGCGCUAUCAACAGCCGCUAGAGAAGCAGUAUAUCUACAAGGUCUGUUGCAAGAGAUUGGAUACUCAAAUUAAGGGCCAAUGACUAUCUAUGGUGACAACCUCAGUGCGCAUCAUAUUGCGAAAAAUCCUAUUCACCAUAAACGCACAAAGCAUAUAGAUUUAAAAUAUCAUUUUGUUAGAGACAAAGUAGAAAGUAAAGAGAUAAAACUUGAAUAUGUAUCCACACAGAAAAACGUUGCCGAUGUAUUAACCAAAAGUUUAUGUAAGCAAAAGCAUUAUAGAUUUGUAAACAUAGAUUUGUAC